GCUGUCCCAAGUCCGGGCUUUCCCUCCGCCCCUCCCCACUCUCAGGCUGGUGGGGUGGGGAAAGCAGCCCAUUCCUGGGCUCAGAGACUCCCACCCCAGCUCAGAGGGAGCAGGGGCCCAGCCAGGGACGGACCCCCAUUCCUCCCAGGGACCCCAGACCUCUGUCUCUCUCGGGUAAGUCUCCAUCUCUGUCUGUCUGUCUGUCUCUGUCUCUGCCUGUUUUCCACGCGCUCAGCAAGGCCUCCUGCCCUGAGAGAGGCUCCGCCCACUACUCCCCCUUCCCCCAUAAAACCAGCUGAGUCUCCGUGCCAGGAAGGCUGCGUGCACCGGAGCUGGGUCAUCUCAGGUGGGGAGUUGGGGUCCCCGAAGGUGCGGACCCUCUGGGGAGGAGGGUGUUUCUCUGAGACACUUUUCCUCACACCUGUUCCUCGCCAGCAGGCCUUGGCUCCUUGAACUUUUGGCCGCCAUGUGCUUCGCGAAGGUCCACUCUGCUGCAAUUAAAGAUCUGAGGGCCGGAAUGCAUCAAGCCGUAGACAGAUAUUGUGAUAAAAUGGAAAAUGCAGAAUCAGGACCUGGACAGGUGAUGUCGGGCCUGGCAGAGCUGGAGGACAACUUCAAAGAGAGCUACCUGGACACAUUGGAGGCUCAUUAUCAGGAACACCACCCAAAGCUCAUUCCUCUACUUGAAGAAGAAAGAGAUGGAUUACGGUGCCGAGGCAACAGGUCCCCUGUCCCGGAUGUUGAGGAUCCCGCAACCGAGGAGCCCGGGGAGAUCUCUUGGGAGAAGGUCAUGAGACAGUUCCAGGCCAUGCUGCAGCGGCUGCAGACGUGGUUGCACAGGGUUCUGGCCUGGGUGAAGGAGGCGGCCGCCCUGGUGCUUGAAAUGCAGGCCCUCUGGAAAGAGUUCGAGAGUUUCUGGUGCUGUCUGUCAAAGCUCUUCAUGUCCUCUUUCGAGUCCUAAGGAGUCCCACAAGUGGGGGUUGGAGGAGCUGACACCCCAGAAGUGCUCUGAACCCCACUUUUCAAGAUGAAGAUACUGACACCACCUUUGCCCUCCCUGUUACCGCGCACGCACCCUGACCCCUCCCUCAGCUCUCCUGUGCCCCGCUCCCCUCCCACAUACUCAGUCCCCCUGCCUGGAGUUCCUGCUGCAGCUCUGACCUGGGGCUGUCACCCUGGCAUCUUAAUAAAACUUGCUUAUACUUA